ACUGCUUGCUUACCAGCGCGCGUCUUAUUAUUCUCAAUCGCCAGGACCAACUGCCAUCCAAAUGAUAUAAAUGCUCGUGAGGUGCCAGUAACUAUCACCGCACAACUAGAGUACCGAACAUGACCCGCGGCGCACUUAUUGUUUUUGAGGGCGGCGACCGCUGUGGCAAGACGACGCAAUGCAGCAAACUUGUGGAGUACCUUCAGAGCACCGGCGUCGACACACAGAUGUGGCGCUUCCCUAACCGUUCCACAUCCAUUGGCCAGUCUAUCAAUGCGUACCUUUCAGAGCAGGCGCACCUCGACGACGCUGUCGUCCAUAUGCUCUUCGUCGCGAACAGGCUGGAGCAGCGGACUGAGAUGCUGCGGCUGCUGGCUGCGGGCACGACGCUGGUCCUAGACCGCUACAGCUACAGCGGCGUUGCCUACACCGCUGCGAAGGGUGUGCCCGGGCUGACCAUGGAGUACUGCAAGUCGCUGGAGGUGCUGCUGCCGGCCGCGGACCUGGUGGUGCACAUGGCCAUGACGCCCGAGGCCACAGCAGCUCGCGGCGGGUACGGUCAGGAGCGGUAUGAGAAGGUGGAAUUCCAGAAGAAGGUCAUGGAGGCGUUUGAGUCGCUGAGGGAUGAGCGGUGGGCCGUGAUCGACGCAUCAGGCAGCAUCGAUGAUAUCCACAAACAGGUGGUGGCUGUCGUCCAGCCGGUGGUGGAGCGGGCGCGGGCGGGUGCCCCGCUUGGGAAGCUGUGGGACAACCAGCCCAUGGAGCUGCCGCUGAACCCAAAGACGGGUGACAUGCAUGACGGGCAGAAGGAGACGUCUGCGGAGACACACACAGAUGCAGUGGUUGCGGUGUCGGUUCAGGGCCAACGCAUUUCGGCCAAGCAAGGACAGCAAGCACAGCAAGUCAACGUUGACGACCUAGUACACGCAUAGCCUGUCCUUUUCGUAGCGCAUCGUGUGAAGGGGAUAGCAGCAUGCGUACGGGAACGACGACAUGUUACAGGCUUUGGCAAGGCAGUAGCGUGCGUUAGCUCCACGCAGGGUUUAAAGCUUUGUGGCGUGGGCUUACACAUAUGGGAACUCGUGAAUCUUAUUCGCGAGCGCCAAGGGGUGUUGCAGAUCCUGGUGGCGUGCGAAAACGUACGGUGGUAGUUACCUAGUUAGCCCCGCUAAUCCACGGUGCUACGCGCAACGGAAAGUUUAUUAUCAAUUAUACUCACAUCAUUCCUUUAACUACUGGUUUCAUUGCUGCAUCUUUCCCGAGGAAUGGCGUUAUUGUCCGCCGGAAAGAGCUUUAGUACGUGUCGUUUGCGUAUCAUUAGACGCUUAUGUCCCAAACCUGUUCGCUCCCACCGUUUAAGUUGUAGUGCAUCAGCAACUGUCCCUCGCGUUAGCCGCGGAGCACUAAUCGUCUUUGAAGGCAUCGACCGCUGCGGGAAGAGCACGCAGUGCGCAAAGCUUGUCGAAUCAUUAAGGAGCACCGGCGUGGAGGCAGAGCUAUGGCGUUUUCCAGACCGGACGACACCACUAGGCCUGCUCAUCAACGACUACCUCCGAAGUGAUGCAUCGUGGGACGCGACUGCUGUCCAUCUGAUGUUCACGGGGAACCGUUUCGAAAAAAGGGAUGAGAUGCUACGGCUGCUGGCUGCGGGCACGACGCUGGUGCUGGAUCGCUAUAGCUACAGCGGUGUUGCCUAUACCGCUGCCAAGGGCUUACCGCAGUUAGGGCCUGCCUACUGCCGCUCCGUUGAAGUGGGUUUGCCGGCCGCCGAUCUUGUGGUGCACAUGCGCAUCAGCCCGGAAGCAUCGGCGGGGCGUACAGGCUUUGGCAGGGAGCGUUACGAGAAGCUGGAGUUCCAGCGAAAGGUGAUGGAGCAGUAUGAGACGCUCCAGGAUGACCGGUGGCUUGCGGUUGAUGCGCUUCGAGCAGAAGACGAUAUCCACAGUCAGGUGCUGGUGGCGGCGCAGCAGGUAAUCAAGGCGGCCGAAAGAGGCGCCCCGCUAGGGCGGCUGUGGGACUACCAGCCGCUAGAGCUGCCGCAGGGCCGGCCUCUGGAGACAUAAGAUCACGCACGAGAGCUAAGCAGGCGGGCACGCAAUUGCAUGUGGUCAUCUCCAGCUACAGUGCAGCCGUGAGCGUCCUGCAUGUGAGAGGCCUGCAUGUACGGCUUGUGAACUAAGCGCUGUAGCCCUAAACGUGCCUCCACGCAUUGGAGAGCCCGGGCUCCACCGUAGCCAUGCUGUAGGGCAGACAAAUUUGCAAGCUUUUGUAUCAAUGUGUAUGAACGGAAUGUGGCAAGCAUGCAUGAGGUUACGAAUUGAACCUGAUUACUUUACGCAGAAUAAUGUGUAGACCUUUUUGUAAGGUCAUGGUACGAUGGGUGUUAAGAAGACUGGCCGCGUGCAGGAACGUACUGUGGUUGUUGCGUAUGUGCAAUCCUAGAGUGACAGAUGGGGGAAUGUUUCUGAUUCUUUGCAUCAUCGGUCCAUAGCAUGGGUCAAUUAUAACCCAUCAUAGCAUGGGUCAAUUAUAACCCAUGGUAAAAAAAUGACUGCACCAGAUGUAGGAACCAAGGAAAGAGUGUAACGACUUGUUUGGAACAA